AUGUCAUUCCUGAGUCGCAGACUCGCUCGAUCGCAGCCGUUUCGCCUAGAAAGGUACGCUUGCAUCCGUCGCCAAGCAAGCGAUUCACCAGAAUAUAACGAACCUUCUGGAUAUUUGUUUGGGGAAAAGCCGCUACCAAAGGGGCAGAAACGAAUAAAGGAGGACUGGGAAAAUCUCUGGGUUAUUGGAAUGACGGCGUUUUUCGGUCUUGGAGCAAUUAUCGCUAUAUAUAAACCAAAAACAGGCGUACAAGACUGGGCACUUGUAGAGGCUCAAAAACGCUUAGAGGAGCGUGGAGUGAAUUUGGAUUACCCGAAAAGUGGCAAAUGA